AUGAGCGCCGCACUGAGUUACAAACUUGACGGAACUGGACGUCUUCAUCAGCGAGUUGCCAUCGUGACGGGCUCAUCGUCUGGGCUGGGCCGUGGAAUUGCGUUGGCUCUGGCUCGCGAAGGCGCCUAUGUGAUAUGCGCCGACCGUGUUGCCGAAGCACGUCAGGAUGGCUUCGAGGCAGACAAGCACAUCCCCACGCACGAAGUUAUCAACAACAACGGCGGCAAGGCUUACUUCCAGAAGUGUGACUUGAUGAAAGUGGCCGAAAUUGUGGCCCUGAUCGAGUUUGCGGUCAAGACAUUCAACAAACUAGACAUUCUCGUCAACAACGCUGGCCUGUGGAUGCCGUUGCGUGACUUUGUAGAGGAGACCGAGGAGCAGUGGGACGCCAUGUUCGCCAUCAAUGCCAAAGGCACAGCCACCGCGAUGCGCGAGGCCAUCAAGCAGUUCCUCAAACAGCCUAUUGAUGAAGUCUCUGGGUCGCGGGGGCGGAUCGUCAACAUCUCCUCCAGCGCUGGCGGCCGCACAGCCAUCCGUCGAGAGGCUACGUAUGCUGCGAGUAAGGCAGCGGUAGCGAUGCUGACCCAGAACGUCGCUCUCGACCACGCCAAAGACUACAUCAACGUCAACGGCGUGUGUCCCGGUGUGGUUCGGAGUGGUGCAGCCAGCAUCAACUUCCGAACACCGGCCAUCAUCACCGAGAUGCAGAAGGGCACCCCUUGGCCUAGACUGGGAGAGCCACUGGAUAUCGCAAAGGCAGUGGUGUUCUUGUGUAGCGAUGACGCCCAAUGGAUCACAGGGCAAAAUUUGGCCGUGGACGGUGGAUUCACGAUCGGCAUACCGUUGUAA